AUUAUCUUUCCCCACUUGCCAGUAUAAAUUUUGUGUUUGGUUGAAAUUCAAUUUUUUUUUAGAUAUUUUUGGUUAGAAACUGAAUUAAAACUAAAUAAAUUUAAACGGCGCUUGGCCGUUCGUUAGCUACACAUAUGAGGCACGUUUACUUAAAAUUUGAGCCCUCCACCUUUUUUUUAUCUUCACGCACAAUCAGUUCAAAGAGCGCCAAUGUUGUCAGAAAAACCGAAGUCAUAAUUACUGUGACCGCAAGGGGUCACCGUAAGAGUUGUUGUUGUUGUCAGUUAAUUGUCAGAAGCGUAAACGAGAAACAAGUGUAAGUGAAAAUGAAACGUGUCCUUCGUUCUGAAAGUCAUCAUUGGCUUGUUGGAUCUACAAUCAGUGAAAUUCUUGGUUCAAAACUCCCAAUCAAUCACCUUAUUUUAAAACGUUAUCUUUUUAUAAGAGAUAAUAGUUGUGGUCCAUUUACUUCUACUGUUCGAGCCAUCGCCAAGAUUAUAUACGAUGAGAUUAUUUCUCGAUUUUGGAAACCAUCUCGAAUUCCCACUAAGCCUGAGAAGUCAUGUUUAGAUCAAAUAGUAAAACUUGUUGGGAAAUAUGAGACUUUGAAGAAAAUCCCCAAUAAUCGUCUGAAUGAUACUAAACCACAAGAAAGGAUACAACAGUUUGUCGGUAAUCUCAAAUGUCUUUUUGAUAUUUCUCACCCCAACACCUACGGAUUGUUAGAACAAUCAGGAAACACCCGAUCUGAGUCACCAAACACUGAGUGGAAAAUUGAUUGGGAUUUUCUAAUUGGACAGCGUCAGGUACCUCAGGUGGGGUGUAUGGAUGGAGUGGACAAGAUAUUGGAUGCAAAAGAAAGACAGAGAAAGGAAAGAGAAGAUUUAAUUGAACAAAGAAAACAAAAAGAACUUGACAGAAUCGCUCAGACAACAGCAGCAGAUGACAGCAUAGAUUCUUCAACUGAUGGUGAAGGAAAAAACAUCGUAGACCUGGAUUCUUCAUUUGAACAUGAAAUGAACUUUACAAGUGAGACUGACGUAGUGCUACAAAGAGAUUUAAUCACUCCGACAUCGAGUGCUGCUUUAAGGAUGGGCCUCUCUACUCGGCAACACACAGUAAUGCUGGCUUCUUUCGUGAACUCGGUUAGUGGAUCAACUCUAUCUAAUGUAACGUUGUCUGUCGGAAGUGUUCAUCAAAAAAGAUCCAAAGAGAUCGAGAGAAUCGCAAAAGAAGUGCGACAAAGCUACAUACCUCCUCGACAUGGUACUAUCCACUUUGAUUCAAAAAUAUUUUCAAUGAGAGGAGGACUAAAAGAGGAUAGAGUUGCCAUUGUUUUCAGUCCACCGCCCAAGAUUUUGUCCAUUUGUAGUGUUCUAUCUUCUUCUGGAUUGGCACAAAAAGAUGCCUGUAUCCAAGCUUUGACCGAAUGGAACCUCCAAGAUAACGUCGUCGCAGCCGUUUACGACACAACCGCCAGUAAUUCUGGUGCGUAUAAUGGAGCUACUGUAUUAUUAGAACAGGAACUCGGACAUCCACUCCUGAAUUGUCCAUGUCGUAGACACAUUGCCGAAUGUCACAUUAAAAGAACUCAGAAGAAACUUGGUGGUCCAACAACAGGCCCGACAUACAAGCUUUUUUCAAGAUUCAAAGACGAUUACAAUAGUUUUCAACCACUUAUUUCUCCAGAAGAAUACCAGACUUUGGACUAUGAUGAACUGAAUCCAUUCAUGACCUCUCAAGCGAAUGAAGUGAAGGAGUGGGCGGGAAACUGCUUGAAAAACGAUGUGUUCCCUAGAGAAGACUACAAAGAGUUGUGUGAGCUCAUGGCCGUCUUCCUUGGAGCUGAUUUGUCAACUAAUCAAUUCAAAAUUCGCCGCCCUGGUGCCGAUCAUCACGCUCGCUUCAUGGCGAAGGCUAUUUAUUACCUUAAAAUACAUCUACUUCAAAAAUUUUUUCAUCUUCGCCCCAAAGAAGUGAAGGAAGUAAAGCGUAUGGCAAUUUAUAUAGCUGUGUUUUAUGGAAAAUAUUUCCUUCAGUCAUCUUUAACGUCGUCAGCACCUUUUAAUGAUCUACGAUUCCUUUGCUUUAUGCAUCAAUACUCCUUAGUCGAUAAAGAAGCUGCAAAAGAAACGAUUCACUCCAUCAAUUUGCAUUUGGAUUACUUGACACAAGAACUUGUGCCUCUUGCACUUUUUGAUCCGAACCUUACAGACGAAGAUAAAAACAAAUUAGCUCACACUCUUAUAUCAACGAGUAGACCAACCGAAUUCGCUGUAGGGAAGCCGAAGCCACCAACAAUAAAUUGGCGUCCAGAUGACCAACCCACUCUAUCAGACCUUAUUGGAGAAAGGUCAUGGCUUUUAUUUCAUUUAUUGAAACUGAACAAACGCCAAGAAUGGAUGAUGGUGCCUUGUAAUUUGUGGAUUCAUUUUGAAGACUUUCGAGUGGCGAAGGAAUUCGUUGACUCGUUAAUAACAGUUAACGAUUGCGCAGAGAGGGGCAUCAAGCUGAUUGGAGACUAUAAAGACAGUUGCUUUGAUAAAAAAGAAAGAGAGUCCCUUGCUCAGCUAGUUGAACAACACCGUUCCAAUUUCAGUAUCUCAAAUAUGAGUAAAGAAGCAAUGGAAAUGUUGUAA